AUGGACUGGAUGUGGACGUUUGCUGUGUGUUUGGGACUUGUAUGUUCAGCUGUGCCGGGUUUGACUCAAGAUUCAUCCGAGACAUUGUUUUUGAUCUCAGGACCAGAGGUGGUGCAUGCUGGGACACCCACUUCGUUGGCUGUCACUGUCCUUGCUAACUUCUCUGGCAGGGUAAUGGCUGAAGUGAAAUAUGACAACAACAAAAUAUCCCAAACUGAGGACUUCCAAGGAGGUUUGACCAGACUUCUCACACUCCCUCCUAUUUCUGCCUCCACAACCCAAAGUUCCCUCUUAAACUUGACAGUAAGGGGCUACAAGGGGAAUGAUCUCAUUUUCACCAACACCACCACCCUCAGCUUCAACCCCAGGAAUGUCUCCAGUUUCAUUCAAACUGACAAAUCACACUACCAACCGGGUCAUACCGUUAAAAUCAGAAUUGUGUCUCUCCAAUUAGAUAAUCGCCCAUACAAAGGCAGAAUGGAUAUCUCUGUACAGGAUCCCGGUGGGAACUCUGUGGACAGGUGGAAGUCCACAGGGAAUCUGGGGAUUGUAUUGCGGGAAUUCAGUUUAUCCCAGACAUCUCCUCUUGGACAGUGGGCGAUCACAAUCACAGUGAAUGGCGUGACUGAUAAGAAAACAUUCAUUGUGAAGAAUAAUGGUAACAAACUUCCUCGCUUUGAGGUGCUGGUCAACAUGCCAACACAGGUCCUGGUUGGAGAGGACAUUACAGGAACAGUGAGAGCCCUUUACCCCAGUGGACAACCUGUACAGGGAACACUGGCUCUCUCUCUUACUCUGGUGCCUGCUAUGAACCAUUCAACCCCUGCACUCAUGCUAACACAAACCAAAGAGAUCUAUGGGUCAACACAGUUUUUCUUCAACAAUGAUGAGCUUCAGGCCUUACAUACUUCAUCAGGGAUGGAUAAUGAUGGCCAUGUUGUAGCAUAUGUUACUGCUUGCCUGAGCUCCACAGGAUUUAAAGUCAACAAAACUGUUGAAGUUCAUCUUAUGAAGAAUACAUUCCAGCUUGAAUUCUAUGAUUAUCCACUUUCACUAAAGCCUUCUUUACACUUCUCAACAAAACUUAGAGUCUCUAGAUAUGACAGAAAGCCACUGAGCUUACAGGAUCAAUUUUACUCUGCUGUGGUUGAAGUCACUCAGUCAACGUCCAUGAUGAAUACAACAACUAUGACACUUCCAGUGCCUGAGGAUGGGAACGUUCACAUUCAAUUUAAGUUACAGGCUCAAGUAGUGAUGGUUUUUAUUCGGGCCAGAUUCCACUCCAGUGAGGAGAUUCUGAAGGUCCACAACAACUUCUCAUCUCCUAGCAGCUCAUAUAUUCAGAUCUCCCCAACCUUAUCUGCACAGAUUGGAUUGACCCUUCAAUUAUAUGUGGAGAGCACCUUUGAGCCAAUUGAGCUUCACUAUGUGGUGAGCUCUAGAGGACAAGUGGUGGCUGCUGGAACAAAGACUUCCUCGUUUUUUUCUCUGACCCCAACAGUGUCUUGGUCCCCUGUGGCCUUUGUUACUGUCUACUGUAUCCUCUCUGAUGGAGAGGUCACCAGCGACACAGCACAAAUACCCAUCAACCAACAUGGAUAUGUAUCUCUAAACUGGAACAAUGAUGAAGCCCAACCAGGUGAGCAGGUAUCGCUGACAGUAACUGUCCUCGAACCCAAGUCCCAGGUGGGAGUGAUGGUAGUGGGGAUGCAUGACGAAGCUCUGCAGGUUGACCUGGACUUAAAAGUGAAACAGAAAUCUGAUAUUAUUAUGCUGACCAAUGCCAGACUGUAUAAGAAAAAGCACCUUGAUGGAACUAAAGAAGAUGGAGAUGCCUUCAUGGUGGAGAAGUACAGGAGCCACUGGCUGGAUGCUAUUGAAUCCUUUCUGUGGUUAGACGUUAAUGUUAGUAAUGAAACAUGGAGGAGUGGAAACAUAAAAGUACCAGAUGGUGUUACUUCUCUGGUAGCUGUAGCACUGGUUAUGUCAGACAACUUGGGUUUUGGCUUCACUGCUGUGCCACAAAAGUUGUCAGUGUCCAAAGAUUUCUCCUUGUCUCUUGAUGCCCCAUCAUACCUCAUCAGGGGAGAGGAGUUAGUGUUGGAUGUGCACAUCAUCAACCAUUUGGAGCGGGACAUAGAGGUCAUCCUGCUGCUAUCACAGAGUGAGGCCUUUGAGUUUGUUUUGGCAGACCGAAGUGAUGUCUCUGUCUUAAGUGCCCAAAAAUUUACCUUAGGGAGUCACAUGUCUGCCUCAGCCCUGUUCCCUAUAAGGCCUGUGGCUCUGGGUGAGAUGGAAAUAUCUGUGGAAGCCAUAUCUGCAAAUACCUCAGACAGCCUUGUUUGGAGAAUGCUUGUAAAGCCUGAGGGAGUUGAACAGUCCUUCUCAAAGACUCUAUUUCUGGAGCUGGCACCAUUGAAGCACAACAAUUCCAGAUCCGUCUCCUUCUCCUUUCCAGCAGAUGUGGUACCGGGCAGCCGGAGGGCCCAUGUGGCAUUGGUUGGUGAUAUUUUGGCCUUGUCCAUCCACAACUUGGAUUCGCUAGUUCAGCUGCCUCUUGGAUGUGGGGAGCAGAACAUGAUCCACUUUGCUCCAAGUAUUUAUGUUCUCCAGUACUUGGACCAGUCAAGACAGGAUGAUCAAGAGAUCAGACGCAGAGCCCUGGAUUAUAUAAUGAAAGGAUAUCAGACAGAACUGUCCUACCAACGAGCCGAUGGUUCCUUUAGUGCUUUUGGAGCCAGUGGCACUACUGGUAGCACAUGGCUGACAGCCUUUGUGCUAAGGUGCUUCCUCCAGGCUCAGCCCUACAUGCAGAUAGACCGGAGUGUCGUGACCAGGGCCAUGACCUGGCUCUUACGUCACCAAGGGCCCCAGGGAGAGUUCAGUGAGGUGGGGAGGUUGAUCCACACGGAGAUGCAGGGAGGACUGGAUAAUGGUCCUGUGGCACUCACUGCUUAUGUGCUGAUGGCGCUACUGGAAGACGACAACUAUGCGGUCAUGUUUCCAGCCAAUGUGUCACUGGCCCAGAAGUACUUGGAGAGCAGAGUAUCCAGUGGAGUGCUCAGUAACUACAGUCUGAGUCUGGUGGCGUAUGCUUUGGCUCUGGCCAAGAGUCCUGUGGCUGGUACUGCUCUGGAUGAGCUGACCAGGAGAGCUGACUACAGAGAUGGAGUCAUGAUGUGGAGAUCGUCUGCUGGCCUGGACUCACAUGACUGGCAGCCUCACUCAGUGCAGAUUGAGAUGGCCUCGUAUGUGGUGCUGGCUCUUUUUCAGCGUGGCAAUUUGGUGGAGGGCAUUUCACUCAUCAAGUGGUUAAGCAAGCAGAGAAACCAUCUAGGGGGCUACGGGACCACACAGGACACAGUCAUUGCCCUCCAGGCUCUGGCUUACUAUGCUGCUUUCAGUGGUGCCAGUGCCAUUGACCUCAGGCUGAAUAUAUCUGUCCCAGCGUCUUCAUUUGUGUCGGGCUUUCAAAUUAACUCCACCAACUAUCGGAUGUAUCAGAGCCAAGAGAUUAAUGCUGACAAAGAUCUACACCUAAAUAUAUACAUGGAAGGAAGAGGGUUCGCCAUAUUUCAGAUUAAUACCUUUUACAAUCUGGAGAGCAAAGCAUUUUCACAGAAAGUCCAGCAUGCCACAGAUGAGGAGGCUUUCUCACUAGGUGUGAAUGUUACUGUUGAAAAAGACCACUAUCACACAACGUUAUUAAUAUGCAUGAGAUUAAAGAACAAUCAGGUGAUAUCUCAAACAGGCAUGGUUAUAUUGGAUGUGGGUAUGCUCAGUGGUUUCAGUCUUUCCCCCAAUGCUGCUACCCCAACAAGUCUUAUCAGGAAGAUGGAGAUACUGCCUGAGAAAGUCAGCCUCUACCUCAAUUCACUUACCAAAUCAGAGGUUUGCAUCAGUCUUCCAGUCAUCAGAGAUUACAAAGUGGCCCGUGUACAGGAUGCUGUGGUGCAGGUUUAUGACUAUUAUGAACCUACGAGAAGAGCAAUAAGGACUUACAAUUCAGACAUCCUGCACAACAUGCACUCCUGUUUCUUCUGUGGUGAAGACUGUGAUAAUUGUAGGCCAGGAGUCUCCAUCACUGUGCCCUCCCCACUUCAAUCUCAUUCUAUAAGUAGUUCCACCUACAGCUUAAGUUGCCUGUUUCUUGGAGCCGUCCCAGACAGUUCUGCUAGAGACGGGAGACGAAUCCAUCCCAGACAAAGGGGACUCCAGGGGAACAAAGCGCGGCUGAAGGCCCACUCAGUCAUCGUGCUUGACAGAAGCCAUCCCUGA